AAGAAAAAAAACAAAGGGCCUGCUCCGGAACCCCAAAUUGGGUAGGGGUAAGGAAGGACAUGGCUGAGCCAAGUCGGCGCGUGACCCGCCUUCUGGGGUGGCCUUAGCCAGCCAAGAAGAGAUUGGGGAGAAAAGGGUAAGCCCUCGCAGGCUCCAGGUGCGAGCCGCGUGAGUGGGCGGAGAGCCUGGGCACCUCCUAUCCGCUCGGGGCGUGCAUCCAGAGACCACCUGCUCGGGCCCUGCUCCUCCCCGUUGGCGGGGGGAGAACGGGCCGGCGGCCGCACUCUGCAGCUAUAAAGGGCCCCGGGCCGCUGCUGCUCGCCUAGGCUCGCCUUCAGCUCCGCCCUCGUAGCCUUUCUCUCGGCUAGAGCUCGCGCUCUCGCGCAGGCCCCACUCGACCCUCUCGGGCCUCGGCUACUCGGGCCUCGGCGGAAGAUGGCGGCUCCUGCGGGUUCGGCAACUCCCGCGGCUCCGGCCAAGGGCUCCGAAGCGGCGUUGGCUGCCGCCUUAGCGGACGUGCCUGAACUGGCCCGACUCCUGGAGGUUGACCCGUACCUGAAACCCUUCGCCGAGGACUUCCAGCGCAGGUAUAAGAAGUUUAGCCAGAUAUUGAGUGACAUUGGAGAGAAUGAAGGCGGAAUUGAUAAGUUUUCCAGAGGCUAUGAAUCAUUUGGCAUCCACAGAUGUGCUGAUGGUGGCUUAUACUGCAAAGAAUGGGCCCCAGGAGCAGAAGGAGUUUUUCUUACAGGAGACUUUAGUAAGUAUUUUGAAAUCAUUGAAAUUCUAUUGCUCUUUGGGGCAUAG